GUGUCAGUGAUGCUAGCAGCUAACGAGCCGCUGCGGAGCUCGGCUGCAGUUUGAACUCUCUGUUUGAGAUGAUUUGAUGUCACUUUCAGGCCGUGUUCAGGUGGACGGAGCCUCGUGGAGUCUCUGAGGUGUCUGCGGGGAUUCAACACACACACUGACCGCGGUGUCCAUCCUUAGAAGACGCUCCUGUGCGCUUUACGUGGCUGUAUGAUGCUAGGGGAGAACUUGGCUGCUAGUGGUUUGUUUGGCUCAAGGCAAGUUAAUCCCACAGCCUGUUGAUCCUUGCAACAUCCGAUGGCGCUAAGUAGCUAACGUCAAUCCAGUUAGGUUUAAAGUGACUCAACUCGGUCACUCGUAUAAUCGGUUAGCUGUAUAGUUAGCCUUUAGCACUGGACCUCUCACUCUCUGUGUCCCUGAUGAUUCACCUGGCUGACUGAUGGGGUGUCUGAGGAUCAUGGUGCCGUCUAAGAUCCAGCUGCUGGCUGUGUUGGCUUUUGGAGUGGCGAUGCUCUUCAUCGAGAACCAGAUCCAGAGUCUGGAGGAGUCACGAGCCAAACUCGAACGUGCCAUGGCCAGACAUGAGUUAGCUGAAGUGGAGCAUCGUCACAGCGAAAGUACCGGGCGGGAAAUCUCGCCACUGUCAGAAAUUGAUGACAUGGUCGUCAUCUACAACCGAGUGCCCAAGACUGCGAGCACAUCCUUCACUAACAUCGCCUACGACCUGUGUGGGAAAAAUCACUUCCACGUCCUGCACAUCAACACGACCAAGAACAACCCUGUGAUGUCUUUACAAGACCAGGUGCGCUUUGUCAGGAAUGUCACCUCGUGGAGAGAGAUGAACCCGGGCUUCUUCCACGGCCAUGUAGCUUAUCUGGACUUCUCAAAAUAUGGCGUGCGGCGGAAGCCCCUGUACAUCAACGUGCUGCGAGACCCUAUCGAGCGCCUGGUGUCCUAUUACUACUUCCUGCGAUUUGGAGACGACUACAGACCUGGCCUUCGCCGAAGAAAACAAGGAGACAAAAAGACCUUUGAUGAGUGUGUGUCAUCGGGGGGGUCUGACUGUGCUCCUGAGAAGCUCUGGCUCCAGAUCCCCUUCUUCUGUGGCCACCAUUCAGAGUGCUGGAAUGCAGGCAGUAGAUGGGCCCUGGAGCAGGCCAAACACAACCUGGUGAAUGAGUAUCUGCUGGUUGGGGUAACUGAGGAGCUGGAGGACUUCAUCAUGAUCCUGGAAGUAACACUGCCACGCUUCUUCAAGGGCGCCACAGAGCUCUACAGGACAGGGAAGAAGUCCCACCUGCGAAAGACUACAGAGAAGAAGCCUCCCACCAAGGAGACAAAAGCCAAGCUGCAGCAGUCCAACAUCUGGAAAAUCGAAAAUGAGUUUUACGAGUUUGCACUGGAGCAGUUUCAGUUUGUGCGUGCACACGCUGUCAGGGAAAAGGAUGGAGAACUUAAUGCCCUGGGCCAGAGCUUCUUUUAUGAAAAGAUCUACCCCAAAGUGAACUGAAUAUGGAGCCAGAAGAUAGUGACAAGGGCUGUGCGGACAAAAACACUAUUACAAGUCGUAUACACUGGGACACAUGAAUGCUGGAAUUAUUGUUCAUGUACUUCAGCUUUUUCAGUUUUUUUUUAUUAUGGCCCUGUUAAAGUACAGAAAGGUACUGUACUGUGGAAUUUCUAUGAGGAAUGUGUGGAUUUUCUGCUAUUGUUAUGCAGCUGUUGAGGAAACCUAACAAGGAUAAAGUGUCAGUCUGAGCUGUGAGACAGCAUCACCGCUCAUACGCUGAAUGUGCUGCAUCACAAGAGCCAAACACACGAUGAUUGUUAAGUCAUGUGUUUUUGUUAAUUGGAUCGAUUAAAACAACUCAAACCUCAACUAGUUCGGAGUUUAAAGUUUAAAAUUACAUUUAAGAUGUAACUGUUACAAAACGCAACAUAAGAAACAAGCUGCGGUCAUACACACUGCAUUAACCCAGUGUUGUGCUUUUGGACCAAAUGAUAGCAACAGAACAUAGAUUGAACCACUGCAUCCUGUGGAGCGUGAAUAGUAAAUUUUUUAUCCCACUGAGGCGUUUUACACAUUAUGUCAGUAUUUAAUCACAGAUAUGAUGAUGUGCAUCUUUGAUAUAACUGAUUGCUGCUGUUUUUUAACCUGUGGAUAAAGCACAUUGAGCUGGAGGAAGUUACUAAUCAACAGUCAAAGGAUUGCUUGUACAGGGUUAAAUGGAUAUUUGUCUUGCGCACAGGGUUCUUUCCUGCAGUGUGCAACAAGGGGAGAGGUGGAAGCAAUAGUGCCUUUAAUGCCAUAUAUAACACACUUUUAUUGUUUUUUAAUUUUCCAGUGAUCUCACAAUCAUGUUUCCUCUUAAUUUGUGUAUUUACUUAAAUCUUCAAUUCCUUUCCUGUUUUUGCUCUGUUUUGCACUUACCACAUUAACAGCUUCAAUACAAAAACUUUCAUAUCUCCA